AAAACUUUCACAGAUAUAGCCUAGCUAUGCAUUCAUUGAAUUUCUGAAACGUGAUUCAAUCUGUCAAUGGAGCUCUUCUUGUCUCGUGUGACUGGAGAUGAAAACAGAGGAAAUAAAGGUCCUGAUCAAUGGAUUCCAUUUUCAACAAAGGUGAAUGGUGUGGUAACACUUGGUCGAUCAUCAGAUUUACCUAUACGAUUGUUAUCACAACAUGUUUCUAGAACACAUGCGGAAAUAAUGAAAAAGAAAGAUGGAAACUUUUACAUUAAAGACCUAAAUUCAUUGAAUGGAAUACACGUUAAUGGUGUUAAAAUUGAGAACUCUAACUGGCAUCGUCUUAGCGCUGGUGAUAAAGUGGAGAUUGGUAGACCUGAUGAUGAGGAAAUUUUAAAAACAAUGAGCGCCAAUGAUCGAUUUAUUUAUAAUGUGUUAUCUGCAACCAAUUCGGAAUUAGACAGCAAACCACGGGGGCCAAAGACGCAUAUGUCUGAAUCUUUAAAAAAAGGUUAUUUAAAGCUGCAUCCAGCAAAAAGUAAAAGACUUGCUAAUGGUGCUUCAAAACAAGUAGAAUAUAAUAAAUCCAAAAAUAAAAAUGCCAAAAUUGUUAAAAUAAAUGUUCCAGCAGUUGACCACGAAACAAAUUGUAAUGAUAAAAUGGUACAUUCCACUCAAAACAAAAAUAAUGAAAUGAAAAUUGAAACUCAAUCAGAAACAAAUCAUGAAAUGGAACGAGAAAAUAAAAGAUUGAAACUACAGCUCGAAGAAAAAGAACAAGCUUUGAAAGAAGAAAUUAAUUUGCGAAACAAAAGAAUUGAAGACGAACAAAAGAAAAUUACGCAAAAGCUUGAGCAAAAUUUCAAAACCAAACUUGUAGAGAAGGAAGAAGAAUUAGAGAUGAGGCUUCAACUAGAAAAAGACAUUGCAUUUGAGCAGUGUAAAGCAUCAUUUGAAAAGGAUAAAGUAAAUUCUUCAACUAUCAAAACUGUGGUGGAUACAAUGGAAAAUGAACUUCAGUGUGCAAUUUGCUCAGAGUUAUUCAUUGUUUCAACGACAUUGAACUGUGCUCACACAUUUUGUGAAUAUUGUAUCAAUGAGUGGAAAAACGUUAAUAGUAUUUGUCCAGUUUGUAGGCAGCCCAUAUUGACAUUGACACAAUCUCUUGUUCUGGAUAAUUAUAUUUCUAAAGCUCUCGAAGGUAUUUCUCCUGUUCUUAAAGAAAAAAGAGAGAAAAUUAUUGAGGAGAGAAAGAAAAUUGAAUCGGAAAUUGCCAAAAAUAAAGCAAAUAGGGGGCGUGGGCGUGGUUCGAGGGGUGGUCGGGGUCGAGGAAGAAGAGUACAUAACUCUCCUAUCGACCUGAGUAGAACAAACAAUGAUGACAGAGAAGGCCACUCACGAUAUCGCACGCGAUCUCGAAAUAUUAUAAUAGUAAGCGACGAUGAAUCAUCAGAUUCUGAGGAGAGUGAUUCUUAUUCUGACAGCGAUAGUUCUAAUGAAUUUGGAAGGAUCACUUUAUUUUAUUGAAUUGUAGCAACUUUAUUUCACAUAUAUAGGCAAUAUGGAAUUACUUCACAUUUAUGGAAAUCAAUCAUAGAGUUAAAUUGCCAAAUGGGAUCAAUUUUUUAAAAUCAGCUAAAGCUGAAAAGCCUUGGGAGAAAAUUUGACAGACAAAUAAAGUGAUAGCUUCUGAGGUGACAUUUCCAUCCACUAAAAGUUUCAAACAAUUGGUUCAUUAUUUAAAAAACUAAUGGCAUCGGCGAAUACAAUUUUGCAAUGUGCAAUUCAAGUCUGUUGGAAUAAAAGCCAUAAAUAUAUUUUCUUCAAGUUAAAAUGAUUGUAUGUUUGAUUAGAUUUUAAAACAGUAUCUCACUGUUUUUCAUCAGCAUUCACAUGUGUCUAUCUUCUGUGCCUGAAAGACCUUUUAGAUCUAUCGUAGCUGCAGCACAUGUAAAAUAUAUAUAAUGUACAACAACAACACUCAUAUUGGAGAAGUAAAUUUCCACGAAUUCCUUACCCUCGCUUUCCUAUGUCAAAAUUAUGCUUGAAAUGAUUUCAUCGGACAGUGUUCUCUUAUAUAUAUAUAUAUAUUGCCAUUGUCCUAUUGGUGUAAUAUGGUAUUGAGUAUUUAAGAAUAAUAGGGUAAAAGUAUUUGGUGUUCGGAUAAGUUUUUGUCAGGUUGUUGUAUAUGUUUUUUUGCAUUUUGAAUUUCUUUUUGUUAACUGCUUUAUAUGUUCAAUGAAAUAUGAAUAUUCAUUGUUUUAUUUGUUAUUGCUGAAACAUUUUCUUAACAAAAUAAAAACACCAGUAUGUUCUUAUGAUACUUCAUUUUGUUCAAAUUGUUUUUUUCCUAGGUAACUUAUUUUUUUUAGAGGAGUACGAGAUACUUGAAAACGAAGGAGCAUCAGUUCAUCACAUUAUAUUAUGCUGCUUAUUUCAAUGAGAAACAGUGACCCGCUUUCUUAUUUCAAGCUUGGCUACAUUGUUUCAGAAAAGUCUUUUUUUUUAAUGAACUUUUAUUGUAUAAAUAUUUACUUUUUGAUUUGUUGCCUUCUGCUUUCACAAAAUAUGUAGUUGUGAUACCAAGUUGAUAAAAUAUUUUCUUAUUUUUUGUCUAAG